UUCUCAUUCUUCUCUCUUCUUCUUCUUCUUCUUUUUCUCUCCAAAACUCUCCCAGACUCUUCCCCUCUCAGAUCUACAUGGCCAUGUCAUCGCCGUUGCCGACGACGUCGUAUUGGUGCCACCGAUGCACCCGCUUCGUCCGCCUCUUCGUCCAAGACGCCUCGGUCACCUGCCCCUACUGCGACACCGGGUUCCUCGAAGAGAUAGAGACGACUCCGCCGCCGGCGCCGACUCAUCGCCACCGUCGCUUCCCGCCCUCUUAUGCUCACGAUCAAGAACCGGGUCAGAACCCGGCUCCGACCUCCCGCCGGGUCCGCCGGAGCUCCGGCGACAGGUCGCCUUUUAAUCCCGUCAUCGUCCUACGUGGCGCGGCCGAUGACUCCGAGUCGAGCUCGUUCGAGCUCUACUACGACGACGCUGCCGGGUCGGGGCUCCGGCCGCUUCCCCCCACCAUGUCCGAGUUUUUAAUGGGGUCGGGCUUUGAUCGGUUGCUGGAGCAGCUGUCCCAGAUCGAAAUCACCGGGCUUGGCCGACCCGAGAACCCGCCCGCUUCCAAAUCCGCCGUGGAGUCUAUGCCGGUGAUUAAAAUCAACGAGUCCCAUGUCGGGUCGGAGUCGCACUGCGCGGUCUGCAAAGAAGCUUUCGAAUUCGGGUCGGAGGCUCGGGAAAUGCCUUGCAACCACAUAUACCAUUCGGAUUGCAUCCUCCCAUGGCUCUCGAUGCGAAACUCAUGCCCGGUCUGCCGGCACGAGCUGCCCGUGGACCGAAAUUCGGAUUCGGGUCACGACGAGGAGACCACCGGGUUGACUAUCUGGAGAUUACCCGGAGGCGGGUUCGCCGUGGGUCGGUUUUCGGGCGGGAGAAGACCCGGGGAGCGCGAAUUGCCGGUUGUGUACACUGAAAUGGACGGCGGGUUUAACGGAAACGGGGCUCCGAGAAGGGUAUUAUGGCAAUCGAGGAAUAGAGGUAGAGAGAGCCGCGGGAUUGGCUGGGCUUUCCGUAAUUUGGCCUCGUUCUUGGGGAGGUUUAGGUCAAAUUCGUCUUCGAGGACCGGGUCGGAAACCGGGUCCGGGGCAUUUAGUCGGAGCCGGAGCCAGUCAAGGUUCGGUCGGUACGCGCAGCGCCGGAGCCGGGCCUGGGUCUUGGAUGAUUAGAAUGGGAAUGGGGAUGAGAAUUUAGGGAAAAAAAAAAGCUGAAUUUUACAGCUAAUACAAAAAGACCACAAUUUUGUUUCUUUCUUUUGUUUUAUUACAAUUUUUUUUUGUUUUAUUUAAUUUUCGAUUGGGAUAUGUGAAAAGUGUAUUCAUUCCAGACUAGUGAUUGGUCAUAUUCAUCACUGUAUAUACUUUUUCUCUUUUUAGGGCAAAUUUGCCUCUAUAUGUAGCAGAAGAGCUGGACAUUAUUGUAGCAUUUUCAAUCUUAUUGUAUAA